AAAGAUAAAUUUCGCUAUUCCCCUCUCUCUCUCUCUUCUUCCUUCUUCUUCUUCUUCUUCUCCGUUCGUGUUCUGAACUCGCUCUCCAUCGAUCCGAUGUUAUUUUAUGCAACUCGAAACUUAAUUUAGAUUCAUUUUUUCUUUUUCCUGGAUUCCGCUAGACAAAUCCGUUUUGAAUUGCACGAAUUGCUUCUUCGCCAGGUGAAUCUAUCAUCGAUCCUAGGUCCCGUUUUUGUUUUUAUCAACUGAAGAAUGUCCAAUUUCCAAGGGGACGAUGCUGAGUAUAUGGAUGAUGUUGAUGAUGAAAUGGAAGAUGUUGAUGAUGAUUUCGAUGAGGAUUUUCGUGGCGAUGAUCUGGCUGAAUCUGAUUCCGAUGUCGACGAGUUUGACUACUCUAAUAAUAAAAUAGCUGAUACUUCAGCUGACCAAGCCCGGAAAGGGAAAGACAUCCAGGGGAUUCCUUGGGACAGGCUUAGUAUUACGAGAGAGAAGUACAGACAAACUAGACUAGAACAGUAUAAAAAUUAUGAAAAUGUCCCUAAUUCUGGGGAAUCCUCAGGGAAAGAUUGCAUGGUCACACAGAAAGGGGCUGUUUUUUAUGAUUUCUGGCGGAAUACAAGAUCUAUCAAAUCAAGUAUUCUUCAUUUCCAGUUGAGGAAUUUGGUUUGGGCAACUUCUAAGCACGAUGUCUACCUCAUGUCACAAUAUUUGGUGAGCCACUAUUCUACUUUGACAUCUGGAAAGCAUGAAGUUCUCAAUGUUCAAGGUCAUGUUUCCCCAUCCGAGAAACAUCCUGGAAGUUUGUUAGAGGGGUUUACGAAGACUCAAGUGAGUACACUUGCAGUGAGAGAUAAAUUUCUAGUUGCCGGCGGAUUUCAAGGAGAACUUAUAUGCAAGCAUCUUGAUAGACCUGGUGUGAGCUUUUGUUCACGUACAACUUAUGAUGACAAUGCUAUAACCAAUGCGAUUGAGAUUUAUAACAAGCCCAGUGGGGCGCUUCAUUUCACUGCCUCGAAUAAUGAUUGUGGAGUCAGAGAUUUUGAUAUGGAGAGAUACCAGCUUGUUAAUCAUUUCCGCUUUCCUUGGCCGGUGAAUCACACAUCUCUAAGUCCUGAUGGUAAAUUAUUGACGAUUGUGGGAGACAACCCAGAUGGCCUUUUGGUCGACCCCAACACAGGAAAGACGCUGGGAACGGUAUCAGGACAUUUGGACUUUUCCUUUGCAUCGGCAUGGCAUCCAGAUGGGCUCACUUUCUCAACGGGUAACCAGGACAAGACCUGCAGGGUUUGGGACAUUCGCAACCUGUCAAAAUCUGUUGCUGUCUUGAGGGGUAACCUUGGAGCAAUCCGAUCCAUCCGCUACACAUCGGAUGGGAAAUACAUGGCCAUGGCUGAGCCGGCUGACUUUGUCCAUGUGUACGAUGUCUCAAACGGGUAUGAAAUGGAGCAAGAGAUUGACUUCUUCGGGGAGAUCUCGGGAAUAUCCUUUAGCCCUGACACAGAAGCGCUCUUCAUUGGUGUUUGGGAUCGCACUUAUGGAAGUCUGAUUGAGUAUAACAGGCGCCACAACUACUCCUACCUUGAUUCAUAUCUAUAAUCACCCGACAUGUCAGAGGAAUAAAAGAGCCUAUACAUAUGUGCUGCACUCUCCUGUCGCUUUGUUAGACUGAGAAACCCGAGAACAAAAAAAAAACAUAAAACUCAAGUGGAUCUCAAAUGCUGUAAAUGAUGUGUUGUGCAAGUGCUAUUAGGACAGAGAGCCGAUUUAGUUAGUUGAUUUUCAUUUAUCGAGUGUUGAAAAGUUCAUGUAUGUGUACAUAUGUGUUGAGCUUCGGCGAGUUUGCUGCAUGGUUCGAGCCUGUGGCUUGUUUGUUAUCUGGCUACGGUCACUUGUAGGUACUCAAUUUCAGAGUUGAUUCUGCCGAUUGUUGGAUUAAUUAUAUUAUAAUGGUUUCAUAACUA